AGAGAUUAGUAUAUUCCAUAGGGUGGCUGCAGUCAGUCAGUCAAGCGCAAAUACGCAACGGUUACGGCACUGGAAUCCAAUCCAAACAAGAAUCAGUCUCUCUCUCAGGGUUUCGUGUUCGUACAAAUAAUGAUUCAUAUAACCAAAUCAACGCUAACUCUUCCUUCACAAACCCUAGUCGUUCAACCAUUAUUCUCUCCUCAAUUCAUUCUUUCCGUUGCCGUAAUUCGAUCCAUUAGAUGACGCCAACUCUUCCAACAGUUGUCAUUCCUUUUACGCACCUUCAAGAUAAAGAUGCUGAUCUGUCCAUGAAGAUUGAAGAAGGAUUAGGACCAGAUGGAUUGGGGAUUUUAUCAGUUUCUGGCGUUCCUGGAUACACUUUGUUAAGACAAAACCUUCUGAACCUUGCUCCUAGGCUAGCUAAUCUUCCUGAAAAGGUGAAGAAUGAACUAGAAGAUCCUCAAAGCAGGUAUAAUUUUGGAUGGAGCCAUGGGAAAGAGAAGCUUGAGUCUGGGAAACCAGAUCUAUUAAAAGGCUCUUUCUAUGCAAAUCCAAUAUUAGACAAACCUACUACUGACGCUGCUUUAAUUCAAAGGUACCCUGCAUACUGUGGAUCAAAUAUUUGGCCUCAAAGUACUAUGCCUGAACUUGAAAUUGCUUUCAAAUCCCUUGGAAAGCUUAUUCUCGAUGUCGGUUUACUUGUAGCAUAUCAUUGUGAUAAAUACGCAGUGUCUAAAGAGACAGGUAUGCCACAUAACGAAGGCAUUGAACAGAUUGUGCAUCGUUCUCGGUGUCAUAAAGGUCGUUUGCUGUAUUACUUUCCUGCAGAAAACAGUAAUGACUCUCAAGAUAGCGAGUCCAUGUCAUCAUGGUGCGGCUGGCAUACAGAUCACGGCUCUCUCACCGGUCUUACGUAUGCCGUAUUUACCAAAGACGGUGUAGAAAUACCUUGUCCCGAUAGUACAGCUGGUCUUUAUAUCAAAACAAGAACAGGUCAAAUAGUCAAAGUGGUGUACAAGGAAGAUGAAAUUGCAUACCAAAUCGGAAACAUAACCGAAAUACUUUCAAGCGGCCGUCUUUGUGCAACGCCCCAUUGUGUCCGUGCACCAAAAGGCGAAAAAGCAACAGGGCUUGAACGCUCCACAUUUGCAUUGUUCAUGCAACCUGACUGGGAUGAAAAACUUGUUUUUCCAGAGGCGGGGCUGGGGCAUGUUCAUCAAGAGUUGAUACAGGCUAAUGAAUCGCUUACGUUUGGGGAGUACACAGAGAAGCUUCUUGACAAGUAUUAUCAUCAGAAAAUGUAGUGGCAUUGGGGUAGGCUUUAAUUGUGUUAAAACUAUGUCUAUAUUUAUGUCAACAAAAAACGGGUCGGGUCUACUUGGCAUCAAAUAAUUUUAUGUAAAUGAAUAGCAAGUUACUCUUAUUGAUUAGUUACAGUUUCCAAAUUAUCAGA